GGGGCGCAGCUGGGGCGCUCGCGACCGGAAGCUCAGUCAGAGCGCGUCGCUGAGAGCUAGCACAGCUCUGGUAGAGAGACACUCAGAGGCAAUGGGAUCCAGGGCAUCCAGCCUGCUCAGGGAGGAGGAGAUCGAUGAAAUCAAGAAGGAGACCGGCUUCUCUCACAGCCAGAUUACACGCCUUUACAGCAGAUUCACCAGCCUUGAUAAGGGGGAGAACGGCACCCUUUGCCGUGAAGAUUUCCAGCGGAUCCCAGAGCUGGCCAUUAACCCGUUGGGAGACAGGAUAAUCAACGCUUUCUUCCCCGAAAGCGAAGACCAGGUCAACUUCCGGGGUUUUAUGCGGACUCUUGCUCAUUUCCGACCCAUUGAGGAGAGCGACAAACACAAAGACCCUCGUGUUCCUGAGCCACUCAAUAGCAGGAACAACAAACUUCUCUUUGCUUUCAGGCUUUAUGAUCUUGACAAGGAUGACAAGAUUUCACGAGAAGAGCUCCUGCAGGUCCUUCGCAUGAUGGUGGGGGUCAACAUUUCCGAUGAACAGUUGGGGAGCAUCGCAGACCGGACCAUUCAAGAGGCAGACCAGGAUGGUGACCUUUCUAUCUCCUUCACGGAGUUCCAGAAGGUGUUGGAGAAGGUUGAUGUUGAGCAAAAGAUGAGCAUCCGUUUCCUUCACUGAAAUCCACUUUCUUUACAAUGAAUGAGCAGGCGAGGUCCCCACACAGUGACUGUGUCUGCCUCCCACUACAUCGACAUAUUAGCUGACUACGUAGAAAACUUUAUCAAUUGCACGGGAUAGUGCCAGUCAUUCCAUAGGUUCCCUAUUCCUCAGCAACCGUGGAAUUAUUACUCUGUAUGGUUAGUUCUGGGUCCCACCGGUAAGGAGUGUUGUACGUUUCACCUGAUUAUCCCAGGUACCACUGAGCAGCAGCCCAUUGGACAGAACAGACUAAUCAGCCUUGCUGGUGGGGCAGUGCUGCAAGUUCAGGGGACGGUUAAUAAAGGAAACCGGUCAUGCCUGAAGGGUCCAUGAUUGUCAUGGAUUGCACUGUUCUGGUGAUCCUUGAAAUGGACUGCUCCCCAAUCAAACUGUGCAAGACUGAGGGGAUGACAAUCAGGUGCUUUUUAAAUUGAAUUUGCAGGUUUUUUUGAUCGGGUUAUUGAUUAAGGGGUAUUUAUUGAUCCAAUGUUGUAUGAAUUGUGGUUUUCAUGAUAUUUGUUAUUACAGGUCCUUUAGUGCCAGUUAUUCUACCUUGUCUGUUCUGUUUGUUAUGUUUUAGGCCCAAUCUCUUCUAACCCCCACAAGGAAGGUAAGACACUACUUUCCCCAUGGGAUCAGACGUUCUUGUGCGCUACUUGUGACUUUAGACGUAAAGGCCUCCGCCUGCAGGUCCCUUAGUGGUGGGGGACAGGGUGGAGCUCAAGCCUGCAGGCCUCUUGGGGGCAAUGGGGGGAGGAGAACUGCAAUGUUAAUAUCACCAGUUGCUGGUGAAUUUCUCUGCCUUUGCUUCCUAGCUGUCACUCCUGGUGAGAAGCCUUUAUAUUGAUGGUGUUAUUACUUCCGCCGCCUAUGAAGAGAGGAUUCUGUGUAUCAUCCUCCCUCUUUUAGUUAAUUGGCUGAUGUACCAGCGAAAACUGAAGUUGACAGUGCCCCUCUUCACUUGGAUGAUAUCAGUUCCUAAAUGUGCCAAGACAUUUUUGGUGAUGCUGUGAUGCCAUUGGGAGUUCCACUUAAAUGCAAUCUGAGCACAGGCAGCAAGGGAGCCCUAGACAUUUUAAAAACUUCAGUCUCGCCACAUGUGAUGUGGCUGGAAAAUGUCCUCAGUGCCCUUUCUUCUAUAUGGACAGACAUCUAGAAUAGAUUUACUGUAUUUGUAACAUCAUAUGUCAUCCUGCAGUAUUUAUAAUUAGCUUUUGCUGUUGAAUCUACCUAAUUGUGGUAUUCCUUAUUGGUGAAGUUCAGUGUUGCAGUAACAUUCCAACAGUAUUUAUUUUGUUGUGAUUUAAGUGCUACUGGAAGGAAGGAAGGGCUGGUACACUCCCAGUAUUCUAGAGCUUGAAUCAGUACAUUGAGUUUUGCAGGGAGAGGAAUAACAGGUUAUUUUGCUGUCUUGUUCAGUGCUCAGCUAAUUCAAAAGCCCAUUUGUGACAGGGAGCACCAUGCACGUUUCUGGGGUUAAGCACACCUUCAUCUAACUUUGAUCUCUCAGGGCUGUAGGUAGCCUGACAAUGGUGCUGUCAAAGGGCAGCCCUGUUUCUGUGUGUUCUGGUUGAUUUUUGGGAGCUGGAUGUUUCCUUCAUAAACUGUCAAAAUGAUUGUCAGAGGCUCGGAUCCCAUUCAAGUCCCAGGCUUUUGGUUACGCUUUUUAUUGGGUACCUUUAGGUAUCUGUUCUUCUGUAGACCACCUGAGGGAGUGGUAUGGGAGAUUGAAGUCUUUCCGUAAAGUGCUAAGGACCGAGAAACUCCCCAAGUUGGCUCAUUUGCACCAUGGCUUCACCCUACCUCACCCCCCUCUCCCCUUACCCACGAUACAUGGGGGAAAACUGAUAAUCACCAAAGUUCUCCCUUACAAAGACUGAGUGAGAACGGCCUUCAAGGCUCAUCUGAUUGAGCUGAAUACAAUGCAAACUGUUGAAUGCCUGUGACUGGCUCACUGAUACUGCAUAGAAUUAUAAUGUCCUUUCCUGAAUUGAGACUUCACCUUCCCUAUGAAAAGAGUAUCUGUACAUUUCAUAAAUAAAAUAUUUAAUCAUCCUUGAUCCUUCA